GAGUAUUUGACGCUUAGUAGCGUUACACAUUCCGUUAUCAUCAGUCGUUGAAUCAUCAUGAAAGAGACGCGAAUACGUUGCUAUUACGAAGUUUUAGAAGUCGAAAAAAAAGCAUCUAGCGAAGAAAUACGCAGUGCUUACAAAAAAAAGUCGUUGCAGUAUCAUCCAGACAAGAAUUAUGAGAAUCAAGAAGAGUCCGCUGCUAGGUUUAAGGAGGUUCUAAACGCCUAUUCCAUUCUCAGUGACCCCGAUGAACGGGCUUGGUACGAUUCUCAUCGUGAUGCUAUCCUUCGAGGGGGUGAUGAUUGCAACUCAGAUGGAUUGAAUCUCUAUGAGUACUUCACCAAUAGCUGCUUUGAUGGUUUUGAUGACAGCGAUAGUGGGUUCUACACUGUCUACUGUAAUGUAUUCGAUACUCUUAUUGAGGAGGAAAGUGACUACGACAAACAAGCAAAAGUGUGGCCCAGGUUUGGAAACAGCAAGUGUGAGUGGAAUGAGGUUCAGAGUUUUUACUCUCAUUGGAGAAACUUUAGUACAUUCAAAGAUUUUGCAUGGAAGGACGAGUACAAAAUCAAUGAGAUGAAGGAUCGAUACUCCCGAAGAAUGGCAGAAAGAAUCAAUCAAAAGGUACGUUCUUCAGCUAGAAAAGAGUAUGUACAAACUGUCCAGGGCCUGGCGAAUUUUCUCUAUCGAAGAGACCCACGUGUGAAGUCUCAGCUUGAUAAGCAGCGAGAGGAGGAAAGGAAGAGACAGGAAGAGUUGUCACAAAGGGAUAUGGACCGCCAAAUACGUAGAAGCGAAGCUAUAAAAAAAAUUUGGGCUGAAGCGGCUGAGAAGGAAGCGCGCGAGGAUGCAGAACGUGAGGCCAAUGGUGAGACCAUGGAUGGUUCUACAUUAGAGCUUUUAUAUGAAAAGGCACGUCUAACGAAGGAUAUUUUAAAAGGUAAGGCAGAUCCCGGGUUGAUGGCAGGCUUUGCAAUGUUGGAGGGUGAUAAUGACAGCCCCCGGCAUGCCUAUAAUUGUCCUGCAUGCAAAAAGCAGUUUAAAGAUGAAAAGCAAUACAAAGAGCAUAUUAACAGUAGUAAGCAUAGGACUAAAGUAAAGCAGCUUACCUCUAAGGGUAUAGACGUGACUGAGCUGAUGGGGGAGAAAAAAAAUCUAGACACGUCCGACAGUCCGUAAUGUUUUUCAACAAAUAAGUCAUAAUUCAAAGGUAAUACUCUUCCUACAAAAUAUGUUAAGGCGUAUCAUACUGCCG